UUCUUCUCCCUCUCUGCUCACCGGGAUGCCGGCCACAGCCCCACGCGCUGUGCCCACCUGCCUGUGAGCCUUCAAGAGCCGCGCACACCCUGACAGAACCAGGUGCGGGGCUGGGAUCAUCGGGGCUGGGACCACACAUGGAGGCCGACAGGAUGGGCAACAGCACCUCAUCGACUUGGGGGAAGCCGGCAGCUGCUCCUGUGAAUCAGAUCCAGGAAACCAUUUCCGAUAACUGUGUGGUGAUUUACUCAAAGACAUCCUGUUCCUACUGUACCAUGGCAAAGAAGCUCUUCCACGACAUGAACAUAAACUACAAAGCGGUGGAACUGGACCUGCUCGAAUAUGGAAGCCAGUUUCAGGACGCGCUUGCCAAGAUGACUGGCGAGAGAACCGUGCCAAGGGUAUUUGUCAAUGGGACUUUUAUUGGCGGCGCCACCGACACCCACAGGCUCCACCAGGAAGGGAAACUGCUUCCACUAGUUCAUCAGUGUUACUUGAAAAAAAGCAGCAAGCAUGUUGGCGACAGUGUUUGAGGAUGUCUUACUGUGUGACCAGUCUUCAUGAAAACGUUGUUAAAAUGAACAAUAAAUCGCAGUGGAAACCUCA